GGACAGAGCGUGGCGAGGCCGCGGCGUGGGAGGGAGUCGGCGCUGAACCUGGUAGAGCGGCCGGGCCACGCUGAGGGAGUGCCCAGCGGGAGGGCUGGGGACCUGUGUCCGGCCAGCAGAUGCUGUGGAAGUCCGAAUCCUCGGCCCUGUGACAGGCCCUGCACACCACCGCUCAGGGAGGUCUGUCUCGGGCUGUGGAGAACGCGUCCGGCCCUCUUCUAAAUGCUCAAGGACAAGCGCAGCAGCUCAGCCUCCAGGCCCACUAAUGGAUCCACUGACCAAGGGGUCCUGUGGGAGUCAGCUGGCACAAACCCUCCUCUGGAAAGCGAAGUCAUCCCUCUCCUUCGGCAUCCAGCCCCUUCAGACUUGGCCAACAAAAGACCCUGAACUAGAGUCCCAGGUCAACCUCUCUGUCUCAGAAGACCUAGGCUGUAGACGUGGGGAUUUCAGUAGGAAACAUUAUGGAUCCGUGGAGCUGCUUAUUUCUAGUGAUGCUGAUGGAGCCAUCCAAAGAGCAGGAAGAUUCCGAGUGGAAAAUGGUUCUGCAGAUGAGAAUGCAGCUGCUCUGCCAGGCACUUGGCGAAGAACAGACGUGCACUUAGAAAACCCAGAGUACCACACCCGGUGGUAUUUCAAGUAUUUCUUAGGACAAGUACAUCAGAAUUACAUUGGAAACGAUGCAGAGAAGAGCCCCUUCUUCUUGUCUGUGACACUUUCUGACCAGAACAACCAGCGUGUCCCUCAGUACCGUGCCAUUCUGUGGCGGAAAACAGGUACGCAAAAAAUAUGCCUUCCCUACAGUCCCACAAAGACGCUGUCUGUGAAGUCCAUUUUAAGUGCCAUGAACCUGGACAAGUUUGAGAAAGGCCCUAGGGAAAUUUUUCAUCCCGAGAUACAAAAGGACUUGCUGGUUCUGGAAGAACAAGAGGGCUCUGUGAAUUUCAAAUUCGGGGUACUUUUUGCCAAGGAUGGGCAGCUCACAGACGACGAGAUGUUCAGCAAUGAAAUUGGAAGUGAAGCUUUUCAAAAAUUUUUGAAUCUCCUCGGUGACACCAUUACUCUAAAGGGCUGGACAGGCUACCGUGGCGGUCUGGACACUAAAAACAAUACCACAGGGAUCAACUCAGUCUAUACUGUGUACCAAGGGCAUGAGGUCAUGUUUCACGUUUCCACCAUGUUGCCGUAUUCCAAAGAAAACAGACAGCAGGUGGAAAGGAAGCGCCACAUUGGAAACGAUAUUGUCACCAUCGUAUUCCAGGAAGGAGAGGAAUCUUCUCCCGCCUUUAAGCCUUCCAUGAUCCGCUCCCAUUUUACACAUAUUUUUGCCUUAGUGAGGUAUGACCAGCAAAAUGACCAUUACAGGCUGAAAAUAUUUUCAGAAGAAAGCGUGCCACUUUUUGGCCCACCCUUGCCAACGCCACCGGUGUUUACAGACCACCAGGAAUUCAGGGACUUUUUGCUUGUGAAAUUAAUUAAUGGUGAGAAAGCCACUUUGGAAACCCCAACCUUUGCCCAGAAACGCCGGCGUACUCUGGACAUGUUGAUUCGCUCCUUAUACCAGGAUUUGAUGCCAGAUUUGCAUAAGAACAUGCUCAAUCGACGGUCUUUUAGUGAUGUUUUACCUGAGUCACCCAAGUCAGCCCGGAAGAAGGAGGAGGCACGCCAGGCCGAGUUUGUUAGGAUAGGGCAGGCUCUGAAACUCAAGUCCAUUGUGAGAGGGGAUGCCCCAUCAAACUUGGCAGCUUCAGGGAUGUGUAAGAAAGAGCCUUGGGAGCCCCAGUGUUUCUGCAGUAAUUUCCCUCACGAAGCCGUGUGUGCAGAUCCCUGGGGCCAGGCCUUGCUGGUCUCCACUGAUGCCGGCGUCUUGCUAGUGGAUGAUGGCCUUCCAUCCGUGCCUGUGUUUGACAGAACUCUGCCGGUGAAGCAGAUCCACGUCCUUGAGGCCCUGGACCUUCUUGUUCUCCGAGCAGACAAAGGGAAAGAUGCCCGCCUGUUUGUCUUCAGGCUGAGUGCUGUGCAGAAAGGCCUCGACGGCAGGCAGACUGGAAAGAGCAGGUCUGACUGCCGAGAAAACAAGCUGGAGAAAACCAAAGGAUGCCACCUAUAUGCUAUUAACACUCACCACAGCAGAGAACUGAGAAUCGUGGUUGCAAUUCGCAAUAAACUGCUUCUCAUCACAAGGAAACAACACAACAAGCCAAGUGGGAUUCCAGGUGCCUCGAUCCUGUCCCCUCUGUUGGAGUCACCUGUUGAGGAAUUCCAAUACAUCAGGGAAAUCUGUUUGUGUGACUCCCCAGCAGUGAUGACCUUAGUGGAUGGGCCAACAGAAGAGAGUGACAACCUCAUCUGUGUGGCUUAUCGCCAUCAGUUCGAUGUGGUAAAUGAGAGCACAGGAGAAGCCUUCAGGCUGCACCAUGUGGAGGCCAACAAGGUUAAUUUUGUUGCAGCUAUUGAUGUGUAUGAAGAUGGAGAAGCCGGUCUGCUCCUAUGCUACAACUACAGUUGCAUCUAUAAAAAGGUUUGCCCCUUUAAUGGUGGCUCUUUUUUGCUUCAACCAUCGGCAUCAGAUUUCCAGUUCUGUUGGAACCAGGCUCCAUAUGCUAUUGUCUGCGCCUUCCCGUACCUCCUGGCCUUCACCACAGACUCCAUGGAGAUCCGCCUGGUGGUGAAUGGGAACCUGGUCCACACGGCAGUUGUACCACAGCUGCAGCUCGUGGCCUCCAGGUCAGACAUAUACUUCACAGCAGCCACGGCUGCACAUGAGGGCUCAUCUGAAGGCAGCUCCAAGGGGGCCAGUGCCCACACGUCUCCUCAGACACCUCCGGCCCGGGACACUCCGCUAUUUCCUUCUUCCCUGGGGGAAGGUGAAAUUCAGUCAAAAAACCUGUACAGGAUUCCGCUUAGAAACCUUGUGGGCAGAAGCAUUGAACGGCCUCUGAAAUCACCCUUAGUCACCAAGGUCAUCACCCCGCCCACCUCCAUCGGCCUUGGCAUUGCUGCCAUUCCUGUCACUCAUUCCUUGUCCCUAUCUCGUAUGGAAAUUAAAGAAAUAGCAAGCAGGACCCGCAGGGAACUUCUAGGUCUCUCUGAUGAUGGGGGACCCAGAUCAGAGGGAGCACCAAGGGCCAAAUCAAAAAGCCGGAAGCGGUUGGAAGAAAGCCAAGGAGACCCCAAGCCAGAGGCUGUGAGGUCAGCUAGCAGUGACAGGAUCCCAUCAGUUUUGGAAAGUCCUUCUGCUUCUGAAGCCAAUGCUGAGGGCCGGAACCAUUCGGCAAGCUCUGACCAGGACCCUGUCGUGGACAAAGAGGGCAGCUCAGGCUCAGGCAGCAGCCCCUUCCAGCUCAUGGCCUCCUCAGAGGAAGACAUCAUUGAUCUGAAAUAGAGUCCCUGUCUCGUUGGCCAUCCUUAGUUUUCUUAUGCAGGUUUAUACUGUUUAAACAGCUCCAACAUCCUGUCCCAACAAAAUACGUCUUCAACCAGGCAAUGAUCUAUUGGACCAAACCUCCUGCACCCUCAGCCAGUUUGGGUCACUCUCCAGUGUCCAGUGCCCUCUUUCUUAACCCUUGUUUCUUCCCAUUAAGAACUAACCAUCAGUUCCCUUGUAAUAAAGGUGAUAGAUUUCAUUGAAAUUUUAGAUCAAAACUUUGAAUAAAUCAAAAAUGUUCAUUCUUAUUCACUGCACCCUUCUCUUAUAUUUUAUAGAUUUAGAUGGAAAUUAUUUUUUGUAAGUUAUGACUUAUGUCACAUACUAUGCUUCUUUUAUGAAGAAAAGACGCUGCUUUUUAAUUUUGCUAUAAAUAAGUUUUCUUUAUGCACCUUG